GGCGGGCCCAGGUGGGCGGGGUUCAGGGGCCCGGAAGAGCUGGCGCUGGAAUUAGAACCGGAGGAGCCUCCGGGGCUCCUCCGGCUGCCCGGGCGGUGGGUGUCUGACGCCUGAGCGCGGACGGCGCGGAGGUACCCUGUUUUUCUGUCAAGAGCUGACCAUGUCAGAGUGAAAGGAAGCUAUCUUUGCAGACUGCUAUCUGUGGAACCUUUGAAGACGGUAGAAUAGCAUUCGAUUCUGCAAGGAGCCUGUGGAUCAAGCUAUGGUGGAAGAUGUUUCGGAAAGGCAAAAAGCGCCACAGCAGUAGCAGUUCCCAGAGCAGUGAAAUCAGUACCAAGAGCAAGUCUGUAGACUCCAGCCUUGGGGGGCUCUCACGGUCCAGCACUGUGGCAAGCCUUGACACCGAUUCCACCAAGAGCUCAGGACAAAGCAACAACAAUUCAGACACCUGUGCAGAAUUUCGAAUAAAGUAUGUUGGUGCCAUUGAGAAACUGAAAAUCUCAGAGGGGAAAAGUCUCGAAGGGCCACUGGACCUGAUAAAUUAUAUAGAUGUUGCUCAGCAAGAUGGAAAGUUGCCCUUCGUUCCACUGGAGGAAGAAUUUAUUAUGGGAGUUUCCAAGUACGGUAUAAAAGUGUCCACAUCAGAUCAGUAUGACGUUCUGCAUCGGCACGCUCUGUAUUUAAUCAUCCGGAUGGUGUGUUACGACGAUGGUCUUGGGGCAGGAAAGAGUUUACUGGCUCUGAAGACCACAGAUGCGAGCAACCAAGAAUACAGCCUGUGGGUUUACCAGUGCAACAGCCUGGAACAAGCACAAGCAAUCUGCAAAGUUUUAUCCACUGCUUUCGACUCUGUAUUGACUUCUGAGAAACCUUGAAUUCUGCAAGGGGGAAGUAAGCUUCAUGUGCAAAUUCAGCUGUUUUCUCAAUAGUUUCUGUUUCCAGUCUGCAGUGUUGAACUGUUACGGAAAUAUGAGCAAUCUUUUGCUCUCGAUUUUCUGAAGAAAAUGCAGUGUAUAAAAUACCAGUCAUUUGUUUUUCUAGUAAAAUGUGUCUUAUUUAA